CAGGCCCUCCGGAGCCUGAGGGGAGGAGCGCAGCCUGCGGAAUCAUUAACAGGGACGGGACAGAGCGUGGGAGGGAGGAUAUGAACCCGGAUCCCUGGGGCAGGGCCUUCGAGUGGCAGAGCCCCCCAGGGCAGGAACCCAAUUGCUGAGGGCUGGGUCGCGGGAGCACUCGCAGCCGCCAAUCGGCCCAGGAGAGGUCCGUGCCAGCUGCCAGCCCGACAGAGGCACCCGUCUGUUUUAGAUAUUCUUCACUGUGGUAUCUGGGGAAACUGAGGCACAGGGAGACCAAGGCCAUAGCGCAGCAGGACCUUGAACCCCGGUCUCCCCAGUCUGCAGCUGUGCCUCUGACCCAUAGGCGAGCCUGCCUUGUGCUCCCCAGGCGAGACGGGGGUGGGGUCCAGCUGUGAGGUGCCCCAGGACAGAGACACCCCCUGGUGUGGGGGUGUUUCCCUACAGAUGUUGCUACCUCCUAGGACCGCACCGCCGGAGGUGCAGGGUGCUGAGUGUGGGGGCUUGCAGCGAACCGAAUGGGGAUUAGGUACCAUGCUUUGGACAGGGGACAGGAAGGACAGACGACUGUGAGCUUUGUAUCUGGGCAGCGCCCGGCGCAGAAAGAGAGAGGACCGACCGUCUGACCAGGUGGGCAGGGAGGUUGGCAGAGAGCAGAGUGUGUUGGGGAGGUGUCUGUGUGUGUGUGUGUGUGUGUGUGUGUGUGUGUGUGGGGUGCCCCCCAGCCCCACUUGCCACGGGGCCCAUGGCGGCCUCCCAGCUGGACUGCCUGGAGGACGCCCCCGCAGGGAACCCGGUGAAUGAAUCCAGCCCCGAAUUCUUCUACUCGGAGGGGCAGCGGCUGGCUGUGGAGGCCCUGCUGGCCGGAGGGCAGUCGGCCUACGCGCAGCGCCUGGCGCAGGACCGGCUGCGCCCCUUCCUGUCCAAUGACGAGCUCCGGCACCUGGCCGAGGGGGCCCGGGACAUCCCCGAGCCGGCAGGGGAGCAGGACGGGGACGCCGACGAGCUCAGCCUCAGCUACUGGCCCGGCUGCUCGGACGAGCCCAUCCCUGAACUGGAGCUGGGCUGGCCCCUGGAUGGGAACUGGAAGGGCACCACCUGCGUGGAGGUCUACACCCACCCGCCUGGGGACGGCGCCCCCAAGGUCAAGGAGCUGGUGCGCAGGAAAAUUCAGCAGGCUGCCAAGGUGGUUGCCGUAGUGAUGGACGUCUUCACGGACCCCGAUAUCCUGCUGGAUCUGCACGAGGCCGGCAUGCAGCGCAGGGUCCCCGUGUACCUGAUCCUGGGGGAGCAGCACCUGGCCGCCUUCCUCAGCAUGGCCGAGGGGGCCUGCCUCAAUGUGCGCUAUAUGGAGAACCUGCGGGUCCGGGUCAUUGCGGGCUGCACCUUCUGGAGCCGAAAGCGCAAACAGGUCACUGGGACCCUGAAGGAGAAAUUCCUGCUGAUCGACGGGGACACAGUGAUAACAGGGAGCUACAGCUUCACGUGGAGCGACGCCCGGCUGAGCCGCCAGCUGGUGACGCUGCUGACGGGCGAGAUCGCCGGGGCCUUCGACCGCGAGUUCCGGACCCUCUACGCCGCCUCCCGCCCGCUGGCGCCUGCCCGGGCCUCCCCGCUCGGCCCCCCGGCCCCGCCCCGGGACGGCCGCCCCAACGGCCAGCCCGCCCCCUACCGCAGUGAGCUGGGCGGGCUGCAGCUCUCCAAGGGCGCCCACCGAGUGGCCGAGCGCCGCUCCGUGGCCCCCCAGCCCGUGGCCAAGACCCGGGCCGGGGAGUGGGAGCUCGUGCGGGCCACCCGGGCCAUGGCCGGCGACGAGCACCCGGCCCUGCCCCGGCGCCUGGGCCCCGAGGGCCACAGCGCCCUGAGCGACGUGGACCAGGGUGGCAAGCCGGGCCGCCUGGCAGGCGCCGUGGGGCAGAGACCCAGCAAGUCCCUCUGGGACCUGAGCCGCCUCUCCCAGCUCUCCGGCUCCAGCGACGGCCUCGAGCCGGGGGACGAGGCGAAGGGCAAGCACAAGUGGGGCCUGCAGGACACGCCAGCCCGGGCGCUGAUGAGGCGGAGGGGCGCCCCCCCGGCCGGCGAGGAGCCCCGCCCUGCCCCCCUCUUCCUGUCGCCCGCCUACAUGCCCCCGCCGCAGGGCUUCCGGGCCUUGGGCCGGCUGCAGGGGCAGCUCUACCAUGGGGCCUCGGCCCUGCCCCGGGUCUGGGGGGCCCCCCACGGCUACAGCAGGGAGCGUCGCUAUUGACCGGGCAGCUACCGGUAUCGGCCGGCAGGGGGGGGCAGAUGAGAGAGACCCUCCCCCCCCCCACAUCUUCCCAUGCUGCCCCCAACUGGGGUAGGCCCAUCGGUUACACUGGACCCAGGGUGGGAGCAGGAAGGAGUUACAUGGGGGGGGGGGGGGAGUCAGGGCCAGCGUAUGGGCCGGACUUGAACCCCCUGCAUGCGCCGGGCCUGUUUUCAGCCCGGGGCUGAACUGAUGAGGCUGGGAAGUCCCUGGAAUCAACCCGGCACUGGAAGCCACGGUCCUGGAGUCACUGGGAGGAACUGGCGGGCCUGGAGGGGGCCAGGGCUCGGUGUUUUGCAGCCCUGCGGGCGGGCGAGUACGGAUUAUACGGGGACACGAAAGCAGGAGGUGGAGGAUGAUUGGGGGCAGCUCAGCACCACACAGGGCAUGCACCCCCCAGCACAGCUGGCAUUACAGUGUGUAUGGUGGGGAGGGGGGGGGGGGGCACUGAUUAAACUGGCAUGACCUGGGAGUGCAGAUUUCCUCCCCCGCCUCAGGGGUGAACUGGGCUCAGCCCUAGCAGCUAGGGGGGUGCUGGAGCGUUAAUGGGAUCAGCUGGGACAGGGGGCUAGGGGAAGCCCCCGGGGCAUUUCCAGGCACCACUGGUGGCUAUACUGGGAUGUCCAGUGCCACACCGGAAGGCUGGGAAGCAACACUUUGAAGGAGCCAGAGCCCAAGCAACUGGGCCAAGAACUGGGUUUUAAUGGGGUCUAGUGGUUGGGGGCAGGGGAGUCUAGUGGUUAGAGCAGGGGGGGGACUGGGAAGCUGGGUUCUGUUGCCAGCUGGCAUGCUGCUGAGGGACAAUAAUUAUGUACAAACCACCACAACAAGGGGCUUUUCCAGUUGAAAGAGGGAGUUUUUGUUUCCUUGCGGCAUUUACCCUGCACCUGCUGGUUUGGGACCCUGGAGCAGGGGCCCAUCAGGGCUAAAGCCCCAGCUCCUGGAGUCAUGAGACCUUUGUUGGGUCUCUACUGGCAAUUAACAAGGCCCCUCUUGGCCUCUGGGGCUUGGGAAGAAAAGUGGCAGGGGAAGAAACAUGACCAACCCUUGCCAGGGUCUGAGGGUGCUUGAGCCGACUACUCCCGCUGGGGGACUUGCUCUAGGGGUGGGGCCUUCACUCCCAGCUCCACUGCUCUGGGCCUCUGUGGGAGAGAAGGGAAAAAGCCCCUCACAUUCCCGCAUCAGACAAAUCACAGGGCUGCCAACUGUAGGUGGGAGGAGACCAUCCCCCCUGCAGGGGUAUCCCCUAAGCCCCUCCCCCCACACCAAGCGGCUCUGGCCCCACAAGGAGGCAGGCAGGGGUGGGAGCCUGGGGGCCCUCGCCUCUGCCUCAGAAUCGCUGCACCCAGCCUCUCGGCUCCCUCCAACACUCCCAGCCUGGGGGGCAGCACUCCCCCCAGCAGAAGGUCAGCAGGAGUUGGGGUCCAUGGGGCUGCAGAGAAGAAAAACAGGGAGGUGGGCUCAGGGAGAGGCAGUGGGACCCUAAAAAUGGCACCACACGCUCCUCCAACAUCCUCCCAGCCUCUCCCCCCACCACUUCUGGGCUCUUACCACUUUAUAAGCACCACAGCCAACAUCUACUUUCCAGAGGGUAACAACCUACUACUGCUGCCGGCAGCAGACACGCACAGCCAUUUGGGUCACACUCUGGGCUUGUUGAGAGAAGUGUGGGGCCAUGUUUGCUGAGGCCCCACCCAUUUCAGGCAAUCUGUGGGGGGCCCAAAGCCCUGGUUCCACUGUCCCCACUUUCAUCAUCCCUGGACACCCCCCCCCACCCCAAGUUGGGUCACGAGCAGGAAUUGACACACAACUAGAGCCAGAGGAGGUGGGUUUUCCAAAUGACAGGAAAUGCCAUGGCUUUGAAGUUGGACCUGUUCUGAAACAUUUUGCACAAUUUCCUCCAAAUUUUUUCAAAUACACAAACAAAGGGGGUCAAAACUCGGCUCUCCUCCGUUUGGAUUUUUAUCAUAACCAAGGGUUUUGACGGACCAGGCCCUGGUCUUUUUAGAGUUUCCUUUCAGGUCAAAAAUAGUUUGGAGGAAAACUUGCAGCCGGUGAGUUCCUUGUUUGACCUCUUUGUUU